AUGGAAGACUAUAAAAGAAUCAUUUCAGGCGUUGAUCUCAAGUGCUCCGUCACGGCAAAAACGAGCGUUCGACACUUUCUUUUUAUUGAAGAAUUAUCGAAAUCCUACUCCUUUAUUUUUUAUGUCUACCAAAGUUCGCCAUACAAGAUAAUUUUACAGGCUGGCAGCUUUAGCGGAUUCGACAAACGAGCAUUUGACUCGCUUGCUGGAUCCGGAUUCAGUGGUUUCGACAAGAGAGCAUUUGACACCCUGAGCGGCUUCGGAAUGACUCCAUUCAACAAGAGGGCGUUCGACAGUCUUGCAGGCAGCGGCUUUACUGGGUUCGACAAACGGAGUCCUAUCGGAUUGAACGGCGGCUAUUUCCAUCCAUUGCAACGCCGCACUCGUGAACCCGAUUCUCCACCUUCUUCCCCAUUCUCAUAG